AAUGCAACCGUGAAUAAUAUAUUUGACAAUUCUGCUCAACAUUUUUCUCUGCAGGGAGAAGAAUAUAAGUUUUGAAGCAGUUUUUACAUAAUAUUCUUUUUGCAAAUUUUGGGCGUUACGCGAUGUUUCUGUCACAAUUUGGACGUAGGUGCGGUCGUCUGGCAGUAGCUGCAAAUGGAUUCCGUGUGGUUACCGUCCGGUCCCAAAUGCAUAUGCUACACAGAAUUGCACUUCCAUGCUCAAGUUAUGGAGUAACGCAGAAAAAUUUGAAAUCUCGUAACACCAAUAUAUCAGUACGUUACUACUCGGGCAAACUUAAAAUGGAAGAAAUACGUGAUCGUGUUCUUAAGGUCGUAGCUUCCUAUGAUAAAGUUACUAGUGAUAAGGGGAGCAAUAUUUGGCAACGGCAAAUGGUUCGUAAUUAUUCCGCAAAACCCCCUCUUAGCUUGAAAUUGAUUAACGACAGAGUUUUACUUGUACUGAAAUUGUACGACAAGAUUGAUCCCAGCAAGCUUAAAGCUGAGUCUCAUUUUAUUAAUGACCUAGGUCUGGAUUCGUUAGACCAUGUAGAGGUGAUUAUGGCGAUGGAAGAUGAAUUCGGUUUUGAGAUUCCCGAUUCGGAUGCGGAAAAAUUGAUGCGUCCAGCUGAUAUUAUAAAAUAUGUGGCCGAUAAGGAAGAUGUCUACGACUAAAUGUGUUAAUUUUUUAGCAGAAAACUAUUCUGUGUAAAAUAUUUAAGCAUAUAACAAAAGCAAAAACUUUAUUACCUACAUACAAGUUAAAACC